GUCAAGUGCCAGCUGCGUGUCAAUGUCAAUUAUACACACGUGCAUUACGUGGGUGCGUGGGUUUCACUACCUUUAUUCCUAUUUUUCCAAGUUUGUAAUAGUAUUAAAAGGCAGAUUGUGGUUUCAUAUAGAAAAUUUAUGAGAAACGUAUCAGUAAACCGUGUUAAGUAUGAGUGAUACAUUAUACUUAUUGCAAGAAUUCCUUCUAUACAACGACGACGCGCCAAAAGAAGACCCGCCAGAAGAGAAAAUAACAUGGCCAUGGAAUAUGGAUGAAUAUAUAACUUCAGACGAAAUCUGGAAAAUCUUCAAAGACACCAACUUCACCCCUAUUCAAAUAACUGCGCGCUUGGAGACUUUCGAGCAAAAAGAAUUUGUCAGAAUAUUCAAAUUCGGAAUCUCUUGUCUGGUGAAGUUUGUACAGUGUAACUUUACAGGCCCAGAACUACACAAAGACGUCCAGAAUUACUUGAAUGAAAAGUUUGAUGUCGCAGGUUUCAUUAAGCUUCUGGCUGUGGGCAAUGAGGAAGUUAAUGUAAACUGUGUCCAUCCUGUGUUACUUUUCACUGCAAAAAUAGUAUUUGAAAUUGUGGAUGUGCAUCCUCUUGUAAACCUCUGGUGGUAUUGGAGAUCAUUACUUAUACAUCAACAAGUGUUAGAAGAACUCAGUCCUUCAUUGCUAACAAAUGCUGAUGCUAUAUACAAACAGUUCUCAGGUGUGUCAGAGUUACCAGAUAAAGUAAAGGCUUCACUAUAUUUAGAGUUUACACAAUUGUAUCUUCAGCUGAGGCAUAUAACCAAAUCUAAGGAGCAUAUAAAGUCUGCCAAGGAAUUGCUUGCUGUUAAAUAUGACUUUGUAGGGAUCUUAGGGAAAAGAACAAAGUAUCAAUUAAAUUAUAUUGCUCAACUGUCCAUCAAAGUCACCAAAGAGAAAGAAGAGGUAACAACAAAUACCCCUGAUGGGGCAACAAGAAACCUCCCUGCAAAUGUGCCUCUAAAUGAUGAAGUGAGGCUGAACACUAUUGAGUUUAAGGGUGAAAAAGAUGAGCCACCAGUUUUAAGUAAUCUAGAGCAAAAGCUGUUCAUAACAAUCAUCCAAGAGAUGUUGAUUGCCAAACCAAUGACAGAGGUCCAUUUUGAAGAACUACAACCUUUUCUAGAUUUAAUUCUCAACCAGGAAAAUACUUACUCAGUAAGAGUGGUAGCCUGUCUGCAGAGAUGUAAAAUGGAAAGUGAUAAUAGGAGGACAAUUGAAAGAUGCUUCAGCCAGUGUGAAGAAAUCAUCAAUAGUAUGAAGAGAGAUAGUCCACACUUUUUGUACAGAGUCCAGGAUGCAUUUGCUACAGGUUUGGUACCUGUUUGGAAAGUGGAAGCUCAGUAUGGAGAUAUACUUUUGGAUAUUGGUUUAGUCAAGAAUGCGUUGGAUGUAUUUUUGAAGAUCAAACUGUGGGAAGAGGUGAUUGUAUGUUACAACUUGUUAAAAAUGAAGGAUAAAGCAGCUAAUGUGAUAAAAGAACAGCUAGAAGUGAAACCAACAGUUAAGUUAUGGUGUUUACUAGGAGAUGCAACAGAUGAUGUGUCUUGCUAUGAAAAGGCUUGGGAAUUGUCCAAACGCAGAAGCCACAGAGCUCAAAGGCAUUGGGGCAACUACUUUUUCAACAAGAGGCAAUAUGAAGAGUGCAUACCACAUUUUGAAAAGUCUGUCAGCAUCAAUCCACUUCAGCAUUUAGACGUGAGCUAACUACGCAGUAGAUAUCAAGCAUGCAGAGUUACAUAAAGCAUUAUUUUACAGGUUGAAAAAUUCUAGAAAGAGAUUUUGACUUUCACACUCUCAAUAAUAAUAUUUAUAGUCAAUAGUCAAUAAUAAUAUUUACAGUCAUGUUUUAUUUUUAAGUUUACCAAAGCUUGGCAACCAAUUAAACUAGAAAUACUUCAUAUCAUAUUUUAAACUCAUUUCUUUUUCUGAGGGAUUAUACAUUUUAUCAUUAUUAGUUUUUUGUUUUAUUUCAGCGCGGUCCUCAUUCUUCGUUAACGAAGUAUUCUGAGAUCUAUUCUGUAAGCAUCCCUCAUAUUGUUUUUCAUUUUUUUUGUCCACUUGUCACGACCAUGUAGUAAGUAGUAGUAGUAAUAGUAGUAGAUAGAGUACUGUUCCUGUUAUUUUUGUAGUAUGAUAUAUUACUUCCCGCAUAUACGAGGUUUGUAAAUUAAGUAAUGAGAUGGCAACGUAGCGUUCGAUCUGUUAACACUGGAGGCGCCGGGCUUAUAGCCGAGACAAGGGAACAUGUGAUCCGCCUUCAGUACAAGUUUGAAAUCGCUCGAGUUAUUGGGACCGUAGCGAUUUUUUUUUACAGUUUAACCCGCUGUGUUCUAAAAAUAAGUGACACCAGUUUCGAGCAACAGUGUGCUGUCAGGUUUUGCUUCAGACUUCGGCACAGUGCAACCGAAACUCUUGCUGAACUUCAGCAGGUCUACGGACAUAGUGUUUUGUCAAGAGCCCAGGUUUUUCGGUUUAAGGCAUUUUCAGGAGAGGAAGAUUGAAGACGAACCAAGAAGCGGAAGGCCUUCAUCCUCAAGAAUCGAUGAAUAUAUCGACAGAUUCUGGGAUCUUGUGCGUUCAGCUCGUCGGUUGACAGUCAGAAUGAUCGGGGAAGAGUUACAUUUGGCUCAUACCACCCUUCAUCAGAUCAACAACAACUAGGCGUUUCAUCACGAUAAUGCUCCUCGUCACACAGCAAUGUCAGUAAACAAGUUUUUGACCAGUAAAAACAUGUUUGUGGCUCCUCAGCGUCCAUAAUCGCCUGACUUGAGUCCUUGUUACUUUUUUGUUUUCCCGAAGUUGAAAAAUCACCUCAAGGGUGAGGUAGUCGAAAACAUACAAACGGCUGUAACCGACCAGCUGAAGGCUAUUCCAGUAUUGGAGUUCCAGCACUGCUAUGCGGAGUGGAGGAACCGUCUCCAGUGGAGCGUGGUUCAGAAGGAUGUUAUUUGGAGGGUGACAAUAUAAAAUCGUAAUUAUAUUUGAAUAAAAAAAUAAAAAUCAAUCUCUUGACUUAAUUUACAGACCUCGUAAGUAAGACGACCAGACAUCCAUAUACUUCAAUUUUAUUGUGAUUGGUCGCAACUGGAAAUAAAAAAAUAGCAUUACCGGUUGUGGUGUCAUACCGCAAAGCUACAGUCGUGGGACAAACAUGGCUCGAGGUGUUUUCAUAAAAUAUGUUAAUUCACCAAACGUACUAAAUCAUGGGCAGCUGUGGAAAGGUCAGGAGUAUUUUUGGUGCGAAAGUUACCGCAAAGAUUUUUUUUACUUUCUCGUGUCCAUGUGGUUGUGGGAAAAGUCUGAGUAUUUCACGGUCUUGGCAUCUGGUAGUAGUGUAGUGUAGUAAAUGUUAUACUUUCGAGUAUAACAAAUUCAUUCUCAAACAAUUGUCUUGAAAAAUCGCUUUAUUUGAUAUUCUUCUAAAGAUGAUAUCUGGGUAUAUAUGGAUAGUAACCACUCUUUCAAGAGUAUAAAAAAAUGAUAAUUCUAAUGGGUGAUUCAAAUUUAGUUUCCACAUUACAAAUAAUUUUUUUGUGAAACGCCACUGAAUUUGUCAGCGACAACGUGCCAUUUCUAACGUUAAAAUAUUAACAAAACAGUUAUGAAGGCGACCGAACAACGUGUUAAAACUAUCCAAGUCUAUAAUGAAAACGGCCGAUCAAGGAAGAAUACAUUUCGUGCUUUACGUGAAUUUUUUGGGGCACAAAAUCGGCCUUGCGAGAGGACAGUUUGGAAUUUGGUGCAAAAAUUCGAGCAAACUGGAUCCGUCGCUAAUACCAAAACCCCUAGGCGUGCUCGUAGAGGUCGGUCGGAACAUAAUAUUGCUAUUGUUGUCGAAAGUGUGGCCGAAAAUCCAAGAAGCUCGAUUCGUCAUCGAUCGCAGCAACAGGACCUUACUUAUUCCACUACACAGCGGAUUUUAACAAAAGAUUUGAAGUUACACUCAUACAUUAUUUUCUUUGGGGGUAUUUCAAGAGCAAAGUCUACAAGAAUAACCCGAAAAUUUCUCGAAACGGAUUACGUCAUGCCACAUGAGCCGCGGCGGUCAUUUACUUGAUAUCAUCUUUCACGCAUAAUUGUAAUGAACUGC